UCAGUCGCACAGGCGAGUGUCACACACUCCGUUCCUCACUCCUCAUGUAAUUUAUCAGACUCAAAUACAUUUCAUUUUCUUUCAGUGUUACGGCGACGUGAGCUGAAAAAAAAAAAAAAAAACAAGAUGAAGGUCUCAAGCAUAGACUGCCGCCGUCUAAGGAAAAUUAUAAAGAAGGAAUGUGGAAGUUGCCUCAUAGUGGAUUGCCGACCGUAUUUUUCUUUCUCCAACUCCAACAUAAAAGGCUCCGUCAACGUUAACUUGAACUCCGUCGUUGUCCGGAGAUCUCGGGGUGGACCAGUGCCUCUGCAGUUUGUCAUACCUGACGAAAGGGCCCAGUAUCGACUUCGAGAAGGCAGCAUCUCGGCAGUCGUGGCUUUGGACGACAGGACAUCCCAUUGGCAAAAACUAAAAAAGGACAGCGUCGCACAGAUAGUUAUAAACACACUGUCGCAUCUAGCAAGUGGGGCAAACAUCUGUUUUCUUAAAGGAGGAUACGAGAACUUCCAUUCCCAGUACCCUGAACUUUGCACAGAGCAGAAAACCAUCCCGCAGAGCGGAACUGAAACCGAGAAAAUACCAAGCGGCAUCCACUGUGAGAAACUGAGCGCCUACCACAAACCAGAUUACGAUCAGGGCAAACCUGUGGAGAUCCUGCCUUUCCUUUACCUCGGCAGUGCCUACCACGCCUCUCGUCUGGACUAUCUCAGUGACCUUCAGAUCACAGCCUUGCUCAACGUGUCCCGGAGAGACACGCAGCAAUCCAAAGGCCACUUCCAUUACAAAUGGAUCCCGGUGGAGGACAGUCACAUGGCUGACAUUAGCUCCCAUUUCCAGGAGGCCAUCGAGUUCAUCGAUUGCGUGAAGCAGGCUGGUGGGAAAGUGCUGGUCCACUGCGAAGCAGGCAUCUCCAGGUCUCCCACCAUAUGCAUGGCUUACAUCAUGAGGACCAGGAGGCUGCAGCUGGAGGAGGCCUUUGACUUCAUCAAGCAGCGGCGGGCUCUCAUCUCCCCGAACUUCGGCUUCAUGGGCCAGCUCCUCCAGUUUGAAUCGGAGGUCCUCUCCUCAACGCCUCCAAACACUGCUGCCCCCUGCAGUCAGGAAAGCGCAUCCUUCUUCGCAAAGGAGUUCACCCUCAGCAAGAACUACGAACCCUCUGUGUUCACCUUCCCUACCUCCUUACUGGCCCCCAUACCAAUUCAGUGAAUUCCAGUUCACCAAUUUCAUUUGAAACCCCCAUUACUGCACUGCCUUAAAUUGUUCUGCUUGACAUCCUGUAGAAUCAGAUUACUUGAAGAAACAGAAACAAAAAAAAGGACAGGAAUGCCUCUUGAACGGAGUGCACAACAGAGAUUGCUGUAAAAAAAAUGGACUGAGAGAAGCAAUCUGAAAAGGAUUACAGACAAGAUUCACUUUGUCGCUUAUCCCAGAAAUGUGUAACCACUGACGCUGUUGCCUUUGAUUUGCGUAGUAAAUUACAGCACAGCAAUUAUACUGUAAUAUCUGCCUUAUAUUGAUGAUGUGGUGUUUGCCUAUUCACAAUGCCUGGACAGGCAUUUCUAACUUAUUUAUUACGUUUUGUUUUUAAAUAAAAGAGACUUCAGUGGAAAUAUUAAUAAAU